AUGGACAUGGAGACAACCGAGGCCUAUGGAAUGGUGUCAAGUGCGACCGAAUUGUUGAGCUUCGUAACGAAGCAAGCAGUGGAAAAUACCAACAACCCCGGACAUUUUGAUCAUGGGGUCGUGGUCCCUGGCGGCGCGGCGGGAGGAUCAGGUGGCCUGGGAAGUAGCAGUGGUGGUAAUGUGGGUGGUGGCCCGGGAAGUACAGGUGAAGGCAGCUUGAAGAUGAAUAGCGGUCAGAAGAAGAAAAGGAUUUCCAGAGUGAAGCGGUCUUCAAUGAGCACCUUGCGUCUCCCCUUCGACACCACCACUAGUAGCUCCAAUGCCUCUCAAUUUGUUCCCGCACGUGUUUUUUUUGGGGAAGGGGGCACUGAAAUUCUGUUGCGUCUUUCUGUGAAAUUCGGCCCUUGGCUGAACCAGUCAUACAAGGUAAUUGAUCCAACAAGGCUCAGAUUUCUUUUUGAAAAGGAGCUUCAGAGAAGCGAUGUUGGCCCUCUUAGGCGGAUAGUUCUCCCAAAGAGAGCAGCCGAGGAAUAUCUUCCUGUACUUGAGUCCAAGGAAGGGAUGUUCAUUACCAUGGAUGAUAUGGAUGGUAAUCAUGUUUGGCGACUCAAGUUUAGAUUCUGGCCUAACAACAACAGUCGAAUGUAUCUGUUUGAGAACACAGGGGUAUUUGUCAAGACUCAUGGCUUACGACAUGGAGACUACAUUGUUCUGUAUCAGGAUUUGGUGGGCCGCAACUAUGUCAUUCAGGCUAGGAAAGCAUCUGAUUCGGUUGUACAUGAUACUUCUGGACAUGGAGCUCAAGGCAUCCUAAGUGAUUAUGCAGCAAGUGAUGUUGUCCAGGGCCCUGAGUCGGAGAUAAAUGCAUCCGGAUAUAUCCCUGAGAUGUUCCCUCCUGUGAAUGAGAUGGGUGACAUGUCCUUCAUAUACGACACUAGCUUCUCAAAUGACUCCCCACUCGAUUAUCUGGGUGGACCGAUGACUGACUUCUCGAGGGUAGGAGGACAUGAAUCAAACUUUGGAUCGAUCGACAACUUGUCUCUUGACGAUUUCUUCUGACUUUAUCCUCUAAAAUGGUGCAAUAGGAAUAAGAUGUUGUAUGCUGGCACUGGUACUACUUGCUAAGCUACUCUUUCCAAUAAAACUCGGAAAAGAAGAUGGGGGGAAUGUAUGUUGUGAACUUAUAGCCCUGCGUAUAUAUAUGUUCGCAAAUGUAUGUUAUCAGGAAUAAAGUUGUGAAAUACUACUACUAUUACUCUAU